AUGCCUCGCAAGCGAAAGUCUGAUGUCGAUGCCUCCUCGGCCUCGGCCUCGGCCGUUGAUGAUCCUCAACCCAAGGAUGGAGCAGACCUUCGCCGGUCGAUCCGUAUAAGCACCAGUCGUUCCAGUAAAGAUGGCCGAGAAGACGAGUUUGGCAACCCUGAGGAGAAGGAGGACGAUGACCGUUCUUACAUCGACGCCAAGGAUUUUUGGGAGAAGGCAGCCGCCCGUAACCCGGAUGUCAAGCAGGCCAUUGAGGAUCUGGCAGACAUGGAUCUCCGCUUCCGCCGUGCAACGAAACGACGGAAGCUGCAGCUGGCCGAGAGCAGCGUUCCCAGCUAUCGCGACUCUCCGUCACAGGACACCUCCAAGUCCCACCCGACGCCCAAGCUUGAUCCCAGUGCACAGCCAAGCUCGCCGACGACCAUUGGUACCUUUCCUACAGCCACGGAGAUCAUCGACAGAGAAGACUCCAAGCAGAGUGUCAAGAGAAGCAAACCAGGCAUCGAGAAAGAAGGGCAUGCCGAGGUUGUCGAGGGUGUCGAAGACAGUGAUGCCAACGAGCGAGGCGCGGCAAGGCCUCCCGCCGUGAACAGCAGCUAUCUCCCCCUUCCCUGGAAAGGCCGUUUAGGAUAUGCCUGCCUAAACACAUACCUACGCACAGCGAACCCGCCCGUCUUCUGUUCCCGGACAUGUAGACUGGCGUCCAUAAUCGAGCAUCGUCACCCACUCCAAGAUCCCUUAGCACCGGAGCAUGCGACCGUGAACAGACCCGACAAGAGCAAGGCGUCAGACGUGGAAUUGGGACGCAAGUUUGUCCAGCAGCUGGGCCUGUCUAACGCGGCCGACAUUGUCAAGAUGAUACGGUGGAACGACAAGUACGGCAUCAAGUUCAUGCGGCUUAGUUCCGACAUGUUCCCCUUCGCCAGCCACGCCGUGCACGGGUACAAGCUUGAACCCUUCGCUUCCGAGGUCCUCGCCGAAGCUGGCAAGGUAAUUGCGGAGCUGGGUCAUCGAGUGACAACCCAUCCGGGCCAGUACACCCAGCUUGGCUCACCGCGUGAGGAGGUUGUAGCCGCGUCGAUCCGCGACCUCGUCUACCACGACGAAAUGCUCACCCUCCUGAAGCUCCCCCCGCAGCAGGACCGCGACGCCGUCAUGGUCAUCCACAUGGGCGGCACCUACGGCGAUAAGGCGGAGGCGCUGGCCCGCUUCAGGCUCAACUACACGACGCGCCUGACCGAGGGCAUCCGGCGGCGGCUGGUGCUCGAAAACGACGACGUCUCGUGGAGCGUGCAUGACCUCCUUCCCGUCUGCGAGGAGCUCAACAUCCCGCUGGUGCUGGACUACCACCAUCACAACAUCGUCUUCGACGCGUCGCAAGUCCGGGAGGGGACCCUCGAUAUCAGCGAGCCGGCGCUGGCGGACCGGAUCGCACGGACGUGGGAGCGCAAGGGCAUCAGGCAGAAGAUGCACUACAGCGAGCCGAGGCCGGAGGCGGUGGAGGCGCGCGACAGGCGGAAGCACGCCGCGCGGGUGGCGACGCUGCCGCCGUGCCCGGCCGACGCGGACCUGAUGAUCGAGGCCAAGGACAAGGAGCAGGCCGUGUUCGAGCUGAUGCGGAGCUUCAGGCUGCCCGGGUUCGAGAGGAUCAACGACGUGGUGCCGUACGAGAGGGAGGACGAGGACCGGCCCGCGAAGAAGGUGCCAAAGAAGAGGAAGCGGAAGAGGGGGGCCGGCGAAGGUAAAGAGGAGGGAGUGGACGAGGAGGAGGUGGAGGAGGCGUCGGAGGGGAGGCUCGUCUCGGCCGAGGAGUUUGGGAUGGGAGGGCCGCUGAAUAGGGUUUACUGGCCCAUCGGGAUGGAUGAUUGGCUGAAGCCGAAAAAGAGGGCGUCGUCAAAGGCAAAGAGGUGGAUUGAUUGA